AUGACGGACGAAAGCUUAGCACCUUUUCACCGGAAUCGAAGGAAAUCAGCUCGGAAACAGCGUCACCAUGAAUGUUCCAGUAAAGCCAAUCGACAGAUGGUCAAGAGGAAUAAGCUGUCAUCUUCUGGUGGAAUCGACCCUCUGAUCUCUUCACCAAACACUUUCAGUCGACAUGGAAAUGAGCUCAACAAUACACAAACACUGUUUGCGCAGCUGGAAUGCCGGAGCACCCGUGAUCUGGACACAUCCUUUCAGAGCGGCCCUGACUACCAGACAUUUUUGAAGGUCUUUUCGCAGAUCCCUCGAGCAGCCUGA